AAGUUUAUUGACGCACUGCCAGAGAGAGAUGGAAAGAUAUGUUACAUCUUCGGCCAAAGCCCCCACCCCCAGUGAAAAAGCCACCCCCUGACAAUCACUUGAAAGCAGUAAAGAUCCAGGCCUGGUGGCGGGGCACCUUGGUGCGUAGGACGCUGCUGCAUGCUGCACUAAGAGCGAGUAUCAUUCAGUACUGGUGGAAGCAGAAGCUGGCAGAGCUGCUGGAGAAGAGACGGCGGGCUGCACUGGAGUAUUAUGCCCGGCAAAACUGGGCAGCAGUCAGACUCCAGUCUUGGGUCCGCAUGUGGCGUAUCCACCUUCGUUACUGCCGUUUGCUUAAUGCUGCCCGCAUCAUCCAGGUCUACUGGCGCUGGCAUAAUUGCCAUACCCGUGGCUUUUUCAGGGGCAGCUAUGAAAUCACAGCAAGCCAGCUCAGACUUGAGCUUGAGAUCUUUCUGGGGUCACAGGUCUGUCGGAUUACAGACUGCAUCCCCUUCCCAAUAAAGAAUUGGCCAGGUCGACUCCAACACUGAGUCAUGACAGGCACUCCAACACUCUGUCAGACAAGCUCCACGAGGUCCUUGUCUCGGCAAAGGGUCAAGGUAUAUGGUGGCAGAUGUUGGGCUCCUCACAGGUCAGCUCUGUGGGAGCGGCAGGAGUUGUCUGCAGUCCCAUGUGGAGGAGGAUUUUAGGAGCCAGGUGCUAGAUCAGCAGAGUCUGUGCUUGAUUAGUAAUGUCUGCCAUGGGGAGGUGAGAUGGCAUUGCAGGGCCACCGAGUCAGCCAGCACCAGGGAAACUGCUUUGUAGCGAGGUCUGUGUUUAUGGUGCCCCCCGCCCCUUAUAGCCGCACAGCGUGGAGCCCUGUGCCAUCUGAUGCUCUUAGUCGUUCAGUGGCUUCUCAUUCAAUUUAGAACCAUUCCCAAGCCCUCCCUCCGGGGUCUACAUAAGCCUGCACGGUCUGGCCUUGGCCAUCUCACCCUGUCGCCAGGGUCCCCCCGGGCAGCUCUGCUAAUAUCAAAUAGACCAGCAGCCUCCCAUCGCAGCUCUCUGCCCUUGCUGCCUCCUCUCCUUGGGUUGUCUUCUUGCAAGUAGAGCUCUCGCUCCAUUCAGGUUUGUCUCUGCUCUCUGUUCCUUCCAAGGAGGCCUUCUUUGGUUUGACCACCCAAAUGAGACAGCUUUUCCCGCCGCCCCCUUCUGUGUGCUCUGGCUCCUGGCUCUGCUUUCCAGCUUCAGUCCUCAUCCCCGCAGUGGUUAUCUUACCCCCUUUUCUGUUUUCUGUUCCCCCAGGAGAGGUGAGCUUCAGGAGAGGAGGGACUCUGGGUUCAGUGCUGUGUUCCCAGGACCUAGAACAGCGGGGUCUCGCUCCCUCUCGGUAUGCUUUUGUCUGUACAUUUUUAUUGUCUGUAUGUUGUGACAUUUUGACAUCAUUUUUAAAAACCCCUUGCUGGCUCGGGUGGACUCCCCCUCCCAGUGCUGGCCAAGUCUUUGAGAUGGCAAAGCACUCAGCCUGGAGCCGGCCUUUGAUGUGCAAACUAACCAAUCCAGAGCCUUACCUGCUCUCUCAGGCCUGUACACCCCAGAGGGCAGUAUUCCUGGGCCUCACUCAUCCCAGCUGGGCAUCUGGGGGACAGCCCUAUAAUUUAGAGCCCACCCAAGUUACUCAAACUAGCCAAUGCUAAACUGCCUUGCCUUUCCCACUCCAAGAAAGACCAUGGCAAAAGUUCUUUUCUCACCCCUGUCUUCUGCCACUUGCCCAAAUCUGAUGCGUCCCUUGUGACCCUGUGUGACCUGAGGAGAUCUGGAGAUCACACUGUGCCACAAUGGUAUGUAUCACCAGCAUCUUGGGAGUUUUGGUUCAAUCCCCAUACUGGCACAGUAGGUUAGGG